GAGUCGUCCCCAAACCCUCCAUCUGGGCUGACCCAGGCCCCAUCGUCACCAACGGGGGCUCUGUGACCAUCUGGUGUCAGGGGUCUCUGCAGGCUAGUGCCUACGUUCUGUAUAAAGAGAGGGGCUCUGAGCCCGGGGAUACCAGGAUCCCACAGGACUCCAGCAACAAGGCCAGUUUUCUCAUUGGAGCCACGACCUCACACCACGCAGGGCUGUACCAGUGUGCAUAUUACAGCACUGGGGACAUACUCUCAGAGCUGAGUGACCCCCUGCUCCUGGUGGUGACAGGAGUUGGCAGUGCACCCUCCCUCUCAGCCCAGCCAAGCCCUGUGGUGGCCUCAGGAGGGAAUGUGUCCCUGUCCUGUAGCUCUAACAUCACAUCGGGCCAUUUCCAUCUGCUGAAGGAGGGAGGGGCUGACCCGCCCCGACACAUGGAAGCAAAACUGAGGAUGCAUGCUGGGAUGAGGCAGGCCAAAACCAUCUUCCCUCUGGGCCCUGUGAGCCCCUCUCAUGGGGGAACCUACAGAUGCUUCAGUUCUAACAGCUCCUACCCAUACGUGUGGUCACAGCCCAGUGACCCUCUGCACAUCGAGGUCACAGGUGUGCACAGGGAGCCCGCCCUCUCGGCCCAGCCAGGCUCGCUGGUGCUGCCUGGACACAGCCUGACCCUACAGUGCCAGGCGGAGGCCGGCUUUGACACAUUCGCUCUGACCAAGGACGAGGGGCUCACACACCCCCAGCGCCUCCAUGGGCAGCACAGCCCCCACUUCCCCCUGGGCCACGUGAACCACACCCACGGGGGCCGGUACAGAUGCUACAGUGGACACAGCCUCUCCUCUGUGUGGUCGGCCCCCAGCGCCCCCCUGGACAUCCUGGUGGCAGGAAUGUACAAGAAACCCUCCCUCUCAGCCCAUCCGGGACCCUCAGUGCCCAGGGGAGUAAAUGUGACCCUGCAGUGUGGGUCUGAGAUCUGGUUUGACACCUUCCACCUGCACAAGGAGGGGUUACUGGACCCUCCCCAGCACCUUCAUCUGCAGAACACGUCUGCACCCUCUCAGGCCAUCUUCACCCUCAGUCCUGUGAGCUCAGGCCACCAGGGGACCUACAGGUGCUAUGGCUCACGCAGCACCUCCCCCUACCUGCUGUCACACCCCAGUGACCCCCUGGAAGUGGUGGUCUCAGGUGAGGAGCCCCAGCCCCACCCCUGUGUCCUCAGGUCAGUUCAGGGCCCUGUUCCCAGGGAAUCUUGGCUGUAAUGGGUGUGAUGGGGUCACAGAAGGAGGGUCCCCCAGAGGGAACUCUCACCCCCAGAGGGAUGGAAAGAGCCAGAGCCAUUCCCAUCCCUGCCUCAUCCCCAUCCUCCUCCCUGA